UGGCUCGCUCUCGCAGCUAUGGCUGCGGGCGUCCCAUGUGCGCUUGUCACCAGCUGCUCGUCCACCUUUACCGGAGACCGGCUGGUCCAACAUAUCCUUGGAGCAGAAGAUCUUCUCGUGGAAGCGACUGCCGAUGAUGCCGUGAGGUUUUAUCCCUGGACCAUUGAUAACAAAUAUUAUUCAGCAGAGAUCAAUCUGUGUGUGGUGCCCCACAAACAUCUCGUCACUGCCGAGGUUGCAGAGUCUGUCCAAGCGUUGGUGGUUUACUUUGACAGCACACAAAAAUCUGGUCUUGAUAGUGUUUCCUCAUGGCUUCCACUGGCAGAAGCAUGGUUACCUGAGGUCAUGAUCUUGGUCUGCGACAGAGUGUGUGAAAAUGGUGUAAACCGACAGAAAGCUCAAGAAUGGUGUAUCAAACAUGGCUUUGAAUUGGUAGAGCUCAGUCCGGAAGAGUUGCCGGAGGAGGAUGAUGACUUCCCAGAAUCUACAGGAGUAAAGCGAAUCAUUCAAGCCUUGAAUGCAAACGUCUGGUCCAAUGUAGUGAUGAAGAAUGAUAGGAACCAAGGCUUUAACCUUCUCAGCUCACUGGCUGGAGCAAACCAUAGCAUGGGGUCAGCAGAGAUGCGUCACUCAGAGCAGCCCCGUUUGCCAGCAGCAGCGAGGACUGAAUCUCUCUUGGAUCGUCGGGGCGCUGCAUCUAACACAACAGACGCCCAGGCUGAUAGCAUCGUGGAUCCCAUGUUAGAUCUGGAUAUUCAAGAAUUAGCCAGUCUUACCACUGGCGGAGGAGAUUUGGAGAACUUUGAGAGACUAUUUUCAAAGUUAAAGGAAAUGAAAGACAAGGCGGCGACGCUUCCUCACGAGCAAAGAAAGUUGCAUGCGGAAAAGGUGGCCAAAGCCUUCUGGAUGGCAAUUGGGGGAGACAGAGAUGAAAUUGAAGGCCUUUCAUCUGAUGAAGAGCACUAAAUCAUUUGUGCUAGGGCAUCACUGCCUGAGAGCCUUCCCUGCCCCGCCCAGUUCCGUUCUGCCGAACUUCCCAUCGUUGCGUUGGCCACCUGACUUAGUUCUAGGUCUCCUUAAUUUUAGUUUUUAGUAGCGGAGAGUAGGGGUGUCCUCUCUCCAUAGAUUUUAGGCAAGUGAGGAGUGAGAAGUUUUGAAAUACGCUUUUUCUAGGAACAGGAGUGAGACGAGGCCCCGAGGCACCUGUGAUUGGCCCAGGUUGGAGAAGGAGGCCGCCACUCCAUUCCCAGGCCACCUUUUCUGUGCCGUCCCCUGUGGCCACACUCGAUCACUGCACAUCAGGAGCUGGUGCCCCUUUUCCAUGAGCUUCUGGAUUGUCUGCUUUCGGGGAGCUUCCUGCCCUGAGCUGUGUUGCUUUUGACGGGAGGCGAGGAAGCUGCCGCAGGUUCCAUGUGUGCCAUAGCGUAUAGGUGGGGGCAGAGUCCGGGGCCCUCAGCUUGGUCUCUAGCUGAAAACUGCUGCUGGGCAUUUUGUUGGUAAUAGAGUGUCCUGGCUCAUGCUAGAAGCUGUGGAAGAACCAGGGCGAAUUCUUAGACUGUAACAGAUGAGGCAAAGCAAACCCAUCUCCAAGUCGCUUUGGUUGGGGGAGGCAGGGAGGUGAGUGGGGUGGGGGAGGUGAGAGGAAGAAACUUAAGGAAUUCCGUAUCCGGGCCAGCGAAACAGCAUACGGAGCUUUCGCACUAGUGUAACCAUGAAGAAGCUCUUCUUCCUUAGAGCUCUUAAGACGUCAGAAAACAGGGCGGUUCCCCUCCUUCUCUCUGGGAACCAAAUAGGUCACUGCCAAAAUAGUGACACCGAGGGGUGGGCGGGACGAGAAAGGAUGUGAAAGGCCAGGCAACCAAUACCUGAGGACCUGGUGUUAACUGCAGGCCUGAGGGGGCCAGCCCUAGGGGCGCCGCUCCCCAAAGGGAUCGUCUCCAAAGGAAGAGUGGGCAGUACGGUAAAUAUUCCCAUUUCUGGUUUUGUAGACACUUUGUAAUGCACGCCACCAGCCUGCACUGCCGCGGUCCCUGCCGUGGCUCUGGACUGGGGCGGGGUCGUGCCGGCACGCAGGCCGAGAGCCGCCUCUGGCCUCGUGUGCACCGUGAACUCCUUAGGUCGCCAGCGGAAACAAGUCUCCGACCCCUCUGCGCACCGCGUGAAGGAGUGGCAGCAGGAGUGGAGUGCUCCAGUUCCGGGCCGGGGCAGCCACGGAGGGGGGAAGGUUCGGUGACGGGAGCGGUCAGGGAAGGGCCGUGACCGGCAACACUGGCACUUACCUUGCUUGGUGACUUGUUUUUCCUCCUCCUCCUCCUCCUCCUCCUCCUCCUCCUCUCUUUUUUUUUUUAAACUAUUCCGAAGGUCUUUGAGACUCUAGUUGAUCCUUAUUCCAUCAUUGUUUCUUUGAUGUGACUGCAUUAGCCACUAAGAAUGUAAGGGAAGUUGGCUCUGGGGUUGCACAAUGAAAGGCAGAAUGUUUUUUUUUAAAACACGGAGGGUUCCAGAAAAUACAUCAGGUGACAUGGUUAGGGAAGACGGACUUGAAAAAGCCGUGAAAGUGAUUUUGUGGAUUAAACGAAGCCAGGUGAUUAAAAUAUCAUUUAUUUAUAAAGUCUG